AUGCAAACUCCAAAAAAAUCAUUUGAUACUCUACCUCAGCACAGACUGUCUAAAUCAACGAGUUCCAAAAAUUCACCUUCUGUAGAUGAAGGAGGAAGAUUCAUUCCGAAUCGAGUUCAUUCAAACCUAAAACUUUUAUUUGAAAAAGCAGAAAGAGAGACUAAUGAAUCUCCGCAAAAAGAAGAAGGAAGCCAAGCUUUUUCUGAUCUCGUGCACUCACAGCUUUUUGGGUUCCACCCCAUUAGCAGCGAAGUCCAAAGAAACCUCCUUCGCUAUAAGCCUGAAACAAAUGCGUUUGAGAAUAAAGAAAACAUGCCUUUGUUUCCAAUUUUCCCAACCCAUCAGAUGGUAAUGGAUUCUCCUCGGAACUUACCUAAACUUCCUUACAAAAUCCUAGAUGCUCCACAUCUAAAAGAUGAUUUCUACUAUGAUGUCUUAGACUGAUCUUCAAAAAACAUACUAGCAGUCGGCUUAAACAGCCAAGUUUACCUAUGAAACGCAAGUUCCUCACAGGUUUCAUUACUUUAUGACUUAGGAGGAGACAUGGUAACUUCCCUUAACUGGUCACCAUCAGGCAACCAUGUUGCAUUAGGCACAGAAAGCGGGAAAUUAAAAAUUUACGACAUCCAGCAAUCGGCACUGCUACAAGAAAUGCCUCCUCAUAUAGCGAGAAUAGGGACUAUUUCUUGGAAUAAUAUGAUGAUUUCUACAGGGUCUCGCGAUGGGAAUAUUAUGAACCGAGACAUGAGAUCUGGAGAAGUCUGCUCAAGAAUUCAAGCCCAUCGCCAAGAAAUAUGCGGAAUAAAAUGGUCCCCAGAUGGCCAAUAUUUAGCUUCAGGGGGAAAUGACAAUAAAUUACUACUAUGAACAGUCCAUAGCACAAAUUCUGUAGGGAUGCUCAGGGGGCAUACUGCAGCUGUAAAAGCUAUUGACUGGUCUCCUCAUCAGAAUGGAAUUCUUGCCUCAGGUGGAGGGACAGCUGAUAAAACUUUGAGGUUUUGGAAUACCCAUACAUUGGAAGAAAUUUCUUGUAUUGAUACAAAGUCACAGAUCUGCAAUAUGAGGUUUUCAAAGAAUUCCCAAGAAUUAGUAACUACACAUGGGUACUCACAGAAUCAUAUCAUUGUAUGGAGAUACCCGAAUAUUAAGCAAGUAGGAGUUUUAAAUGGACACACCAGUAGGGUCCUGUAUCUUUCUAUGUCUCCAGACUCUGAAAAUAUUGUGACUGGAGCUGGAGAUGAAACACUAAGAUUUUGGAAACUAUUUCCAAAGCAAGAAGAUAACCAACAGUUGGUAAGUGCGAUGAUUUUGAAUGUUAAUAAUUUAAGAUAA